CAGGCCCGGGAGGAGGACGUCACGGGCAGCGUGGGCUCCGGACAGAGUUCAUGGCAGCAGUUGCUGUGGACCAAACGCUCGUCUCCCCGCUCCCCGCGGACCUUCGUGCGUUAAAGCCUCAUCCCGGUGACGGCAUUGGGAGGGGGGCCUCAUAGGACCAGCGCCCUUGUUUCUACAAGAGACCCGGGUUCCCUCGUCCCUCCCACCGCCGAGGACACGGCGCGAAGGGAGCCAUCACCGCGGCUCCACCGGACACCGCGCCUGCGGGGCCUGGACGGGCCCCAGCCGCCAGCACUGACACGUAAACCGCAGAACCGUUUGUGGUUUAUUUUGUUAUUUUAUAGCAGCCCAAACGGACAGAGGAUCGUGCCAGCGUUCAUGCCCUCGCCUUGACUGUUGUGCUAAAAUUACAUAAGAUGCUCACAUCAGGGGAAGCUGGGCAAAGAGUAAAUGGAACUCUGCUUUCUGUAUUUUUGCAAAAUACAGGUGGGCUAGGGUGGCUUCACCCCUCCUGGGACAGAUGAGCAAGGGACAUGCAGCAUCAGGGCCAGCCCUCGUGUCUGAGAAACGGCAGGCUGGUGAGAGGUUCAGUGGAUGUCCCAGGAUUCGAACCUGCAACCUUGCGGUGCCCAGGACGACGCUCCAACCAGCUGAGCCGCCGGCCAGGGCCACGGUCCGUCGUCCAGGGCAGUUGGACCAUGUGAUGUCCCUACUUAUGAGUUGAGACUGUGAACAUGGACUUUUCUCGGCUCCACAUAUACACGCCGCCUCAGUGUGUGCCCGAGAACACUGGCUACACGUAUGCACUCAGUUCCAGUUACUCUUCGGAUGCUCUGGAUUUCGAGACUGAGCACAAAUUGGACCCCGUGUUUGAUUCUCCAAGAAUGUCCCGGCGUAGCUUGCGCCUGGCUACCACUGCGUGCAGCACUGAGGGGGGCCAGGCGGGGGACGCUGACUCCCGCCUCGGCAGCACAGCCUCCCUGAAGGACAGAACGGCCAGAACAGCAAAGCAGCACAGAAGUGCAAGCAAACUGGCUUUUAGUGUAAACCGCCCCUCGAGGCAGGUUGCUGCUGGCCAGAGCAGCGGUCUGCAGGGCGCGGCCUGUCUACGGCCGCCCGUGCUGGACGAGUCUCUGAUCCGAGAACAGACCAAAGUGGACCACUUCUGGGGUCUUGAUGAUGAUGGAGAUCUUAAAGGUGGAAAUAAAGCUGUCGUUCAGGGAAAUGGCAAGGUGGCCGCAGACGCAGCCUGGAGCAACGGCUACACCUGCAGGGCCUGCACCCUGCUGUCCGAGCGCCAGGACACGCUCCCCGCGCACGGCGCCUCCUCCAGGGUCUACUCGAGGGACAGGAGUCAGAAACGCGGUGCGUCUCUCUACGUGGAUAGGAUUCUGUGGCUGGCCACGUACACUUCGUCAUCCUUUUCAUCAUUCUUAGUGCAACUUUUUCAAGUGGUUUUAAUGAAGCUCAAUUAUGAAUCAGAAAAUUCCAAAUUGAAAAGCUAUGAAUCAAAAGAUCGUGAAUCAGAAAGCUUUAAGUCAGAAAGCCAUGACUCACAAGCUCGUUCCGAUCCCUGUGGGAGGAGGACAGUAACAGAGUUUCUCAGAGAGGACGGAGGCCUCAGUGUAAAUGGGGAGUCGUGCGAUGAUUAUCGGGGGACGGGCACGGAGCACCUCGAAACCCACACAGCCACCUCCCUGUGGUCCCCCAGGACAGAGAGGGCAGCAGGGACCACGCGGCCCACCCUGUCUCGUGCAGGUCACGCCGCGGAGCGGGCGCUGCGGAGGAUCGGAGCUGCAGGGCGGUCUGUGUCGCAGGCCGUGUGGUCGGCCCUCUGGUUGGCCGCGGCGGCUCCAGGGACGGCAGCCUCUGGAAUGUUCUGGUGGCUGGGGAGCGGAUGGUACCAGUUUGUGACUUUGAUUUCUUGGCUGAACGUGUUUCUUCUUACAAGGUGCCUUCGGGAUAUUUGCAAGUUUCUCAUCUUGCUCAUUCCACUGCUCCUCUUACUCGGUGCCGGCCUUUCCUUACGAGGCCAGGACGGCUUCCUCUCCCUCCUGCCUGUGUUCAACUGGACACACACCCUCAGAACACAGAGGGUGGAUGACCCCAAAGACAUGUUCACACCUGAGACUUCUCACCUGAGCCAGCCUCCAGAGGGUGCUGCGGAGGCGUCUCCCUGGCGUUGGAUGAGUGAGGUGGAGAGGCAGGUGACCUCUCUGUCCGGACAGUGUCAGAGCCGCGACGAGAAGCUUCGAGAACUGACAGCUUCGCUCCAAAAGCUGCAAGUGCGGGUGGACCAGAUGGACGACGGGGGUGCCGGGGUGUCGUCCCUGGUGACAAGCGUGGUGGGGCAGCACUUGAAGGACCUUGGAGCCAGUGGGCUGCUGGGCUCCCAGGCCGACGCGGUGACCUCCCACCACGAGCAGUUAUCGCGCAUCUCAGACCUGGAGGACCUUCUGGGGAAGCUGGCGGGAAAGUUGGAGGCCAUCCAGAGGGAACUGGAGCAGACCAAGCUGAGGACAGAGAGCGCGCCUGGGCAGGAGCAACACCUGCUGUCCAUGGUGGCGCAGCUGGAGCGCGAGCUGGAGCUCCUGAGGUCAGACGUGGCGGCGUGGCGGCCUCUGAGGAGCAGCUGUGAGGAGGCCCACACGGUCCUCGGGAAGGUCGAUGCCCAAGUCCGAGAGACCGUCAGGCUCCUGCUUUCCAACGACCAGCAGGACGGCUCCCUGGACUGGCUGCUGCAGAAGCUGUCUGCGCAGUUCGUCAGCAAGGCCGACCUGCAGGCUCUGCUGCGAGAGCUGGAGCUGCAGAUACUGAAGAACAUCACCCACCACAUUUCUGUGACAAGACAGGGGCCAACCUCUGAAGCCAUCAUGGCCGCGGUGACCUCGGAGGGGACUUCUGGGAUCACAGAAGCGCAAGCUCGCGUCAUCGUGAACAACGCGCUCAAGCUGUAUUCCCAGGACAAGACCGGCAUGGUGGACUUCGCCCUGGAGUCUGGCGGGGGCAGCAUCCUGAGCACUCGCUGCUCGGAGACGCAUGAGACCAAGACGGCGCUCAUCAGCCUGUUUGGCAUCCCGCUGUGGUACUUCUCCCAGUCGCCCCGCGUCGUGAUCCAGCCGGACAUCUAUCCAGGGAACUGCUGGGCAUUCAAAGGCUCACAGGGGUACCUGGUGGUGCGGCUGUCGAUGGAGAUCCACCCAACCAGCUUCACCCUGGAGCACAUACCAAAGACGCUGUCGCCCACGGGCAACAUCACCAGCGCCCCCAAGGACUUCUCCGUCUACGGACUAGAAAAUGAGUAUCAAGAGGAAGGGCAGCUGCUGGGACAGUUCAUGUUCGACCAAGAGGGGGAGUCGCUCCAGACCUUCCCCGUCCCGAAAAGACCUGAAAGAGCUUUCCAAAUAGUGGAACUUCGGAUUUUUUCUAACUGGGGCCACCCUGAAUACACAUGUCUCUAUCGGUUCAGAGUGCACGGAGACCCUGUCAAGUAGAGACGCUCCUCACUGCUGCUGUACAUUCUGUACAUACGGGGCAGCCCGAGACACGGGACCUUCCCUUCGUGAGCAAGGGCGUGGGACAUGUGACGUCCCCUGUUCAAUAAACGCUGCUGACUGCCAGCAGGACAUGGGAAUUAGCAAUGACUGUUGUGCCGCCCCUUGCUGUUCAAUGGGAAGCUGCGUGUUGAGGGCUUGGGUUUACGGAGACCCGUUAGCCACAGGUGAUCUCAGAAAUUCAUUUGAAUGUAUGGUUCACAAAGACACUUUGUUUGGGGGAUUUGUUUUUAAACAUAAAGCUGUUUAUAUUCCUUAUUUUCUUGACAUCAGGAACAAAGCAAAUGAUGUUAAAAGGUUUGACGUGUUCUUGAAGCUUCUACACUUAGCCGAUCACUGGCCCUCUUAAAGGACUUUGGGGCAGCUACCUAUUUUAUCUUUUCAGCACUCAGUUCUUUCAGGGGAAAAUCAGUGUCACCAAACUUCAGUUCCAAACUCCUUUCCUUCCGGGUGGGAUUGUGCUUCACUCAGUCGCCGUCUCACGUCCCCGGGUGGGGAAGUGAUGAAUACGUGUGUUUCUGCUUCGCUUGCUCCACGGACAGAGUCUCAGAGUCAGAGCUUGGUGUACGAAUACCCGGCGGGAACACGGGAGAGUCACCUCGCGCGGCUGGUGUGGGUCUGACUGGGACCCGGACGUCUAGGUGUCAGCACACACAAGUGGGGCUCGGGUCUCCGCAGGCUCCCCUUCCAGCAUGAACAGGAACGGCCUCCCAUCCUGUGGGUUCAGGUUUCUUUCCAGCUCUGCACAAGCAACACUAACAGGCCCCACGCCACCCAGGGCUGUUCUUACCCACUGGUGGCUUCGCAGGAGAUGGUGCAGCGUGGCCCGUGCUUGAAGCCGCCACGUCCCGACUGUCCUCCGGCCUUUUCUUAAGCUGUGGGCCAUUCUCCUCCCCUUCCUGGGAGACCCAUUGUGGUCACAAUAUUUAACACUGAGGCUAUUUAACACUGAGACUAUUUAACACUGAGCAGACUUUAUAAGUGAGAUAUCCCAAGCACGUAAGAUGUUACAGAUGUUUUACCUUAAAGUUUUAUUGGGUUAAGACAGUUUCUUGGUGUACCGUAAACGUUGUAUUUUCGAAAAAGAUAAAAUGAUGGUGCUGACAGGUUUUCUGGAGUUUUAUGUAUAUUGCGCAAUAGUCCUCAAAUACACAAAAACUAGGUAGCUUUUUUCCCUCACUCUUAGAAUUGGAGUUAUUGCCUAUGCAGUUAAGUUGGAUAAAAUGUAUACAGAUGUUUCCUAUAUUACAGGAUAAAUAUAUGAGUCAGAAUUUCCUAUAUAAAACUAAAUUUGGGAGUUGGGGUGGAAAUAUUUUGAAUAUUUAUUUUUAAAGAUGCAAGAUAGGACUUUGUGCAGUGUAUUUUUGUAAAUGCUUUCCCACAUGUCUGGUAGUGCUCCUGUUGCUGCCACCAAACUAAGAUGCUAUUGAAAUAAACGUUUAAUAAAGAGUUUUUAAUUUUUAAGAGUGCAUGUCAUACUUCACAUGAAUAAUAAACAGCCUAUUUCUUUGCCA